AUGCAUUCACGAAUUCUUUCAGCUCUCGCCAUCGUCCCCUGCUUGGUAGCCGGGGAGUCGCUGAAACAUGUCCUCGCUAGUCACGGGUCACUUACCGUGCUUCACGACCUCCUCAUGGAGCUGAACCUGAUGAGCACAUUCGAAGCGGCUAAGAACUCGACACUUUUGGCGAUGAAUGACGAUGCUUUCGAAUACCUCGCGAACUGGGGGAUGAACCUCAGCUCGAUAGAUCCAGAGCUUGCAAGAGGGAUCAUGAAGUAUCAUUUCCUAGAUGGUUUUUACACUUCAACGAAUCCCCUGUUGGGAAUGGAGACGCAGCUGAUUCAUUCCGUUCUCCGUCCGCCUAUUCUCACAAACGUUUCGGACGGUGCCGUGGUCAAGCUGACGGCUGCCGAUAAUGAAAACCCAUUUCGGGUAGAAUGCGGGAUCCAGAAGGUUUUGCCUAUCGUCGAAGCGGACAUCUACUACGACUCGGGCGUCUUGCACACCAUCAGCGAGAAUCUCGUCCUUCCGCACAAUCUGUCAGAAACGACAAACUUGGGAAAUCUUGAAAAGUUCUGGAGCCUCGUCCAAAAGGCUCAAAUGAGCGAGGUUUUGGAAUCCUUCCGAGACACGACGAUUAUGUUGCCAAGCAAUGAAGCGAUGGAGAAAUACAAAUUUCAUCUUGAAUCUCUCGGCCCAGCGGACCUCCAGACUACCAUCAACAACCACGUAAUCCCGAACCGUGUUUUGUACCACACGAACUUCGGAGCAGGCAGCGAGGAGGUCACAGCAGUGAGCGGACUUAAGCUCAAGUUAAGCCGUGACGCCGUGGGCCGCCUCUUUGUCAACCAUGCGCAAGUUCUGAAGCAGGACGUGCUCAUCUACGGCGGGGUUUCACACGUGUUGGACAACGUGCUUCUAGUAAAUCAAAGCUCUGGCUUGAAUGUCAAAAGCGAUGGUCUGUGGCAGUAUGUGGCAUCCUUGCGAUGGUACGAAUAUCCUUGGAAGAACACGACAGAAGUCAUUUUUGGGGCGGCUUUGCUGUUUAUAUUUGGUGCUCUCGUUAUCCAAAAGGUCGUUCGGUGGAAGACUUCCUCGAAUCAACGAGACUUUGGCGGUUGCAUCACGAAGGAAGGUGUAGUUCGGGAAACACAGUUUAGGUCUUCUGUUGUGUAUUACUAUGUGCCAGUUUAG